AUGUCAGCAUGUGAGGCUACAAUAGCGAAUGCAGGGACCCAUCCGUGUCUCGAGUCCAUGCUCAAACGUACCGUUGUUGCCGCGCACAAACGCGUCGCCGUAUGUCCUCCGCUUCACGCCGUUGACGUAUUCCUCCGUCUUCUCCAGCGCAAUGUUCAUGUAGCCGUCCACCGACUGCAGCUCGCCCUUGUACACCACCCCCGAGUUCAGCUUCACCACCACAGCGCUGCCAAUGAUCUCGCCCAGGAACGCGCUGGGAUCCUUGCCCUCCGCCUGGCCGCUACCAGGGCCGUUCUCCAUGGCGACAGAAGCGGGUAUAUUUGA